AUGGAAGUAUGUUUAGCAUUGACCAAUAAGUUUGAAGUAGCAGAAGCACCAGAAGAGAAGGAAACCAAAGAUUCUAAUAAGAUGUUUAAUAGACAUAGCCUGCAUGAAGUAAAAACCCGUCUCAGUCACAAUCUUCGCCGUCUGGAAAAUCAAGCAUUGGUCUCGAGGGCUGACAACUACCAGGCACUGCUUACUGCCAUUGCAGGAGAUAUUGUUAACCAGAGACAGCACAAAGUAGCAAGGAGAAUGGUAGUUGGUAAUCUCUUGUACUACAGAUAUAUCAAUUCAGCCAUUGUGGCUCCUGAUGCUUUUGACAUCAUCAAGGUAUCGCCAGACCAAAAGCUUAAUAAUGCCCAGAGAAGAAAUCUUGCCAGCAUUGCCAAGAUUCUGCAGUUUGCAGCCUCCAAAAAAGGGUUUGCAGAUGAAGCUUCCCACCUUACUUGCCUGAAUCCUUUUAUUAUUGAGUGUCAUGAGAAGUUUAAGGCAUUCUUUAGGCAAUGCUGUGAAGUGGAAGAUCCAGAAGUUGUUUACAAUGUAAAUCACUACUCUGAAGCAACUCUUAUUGUGAAGCCCACUAUAUACAUCAGUGUACAGGAGAUAUGUGAAACUCAUCAGCUGUUGCUAGACCAUGAAGAGAUUUUGGCACCUGACAGCAGUGACCAUUUACAUGUCCUGCUUUCUGACCUUGGAGAAAGACCUUCUGUUAAUUCACUGGUUGGAGUUGUGGAUUCUGUCACAGGCUCAGGUUCAGUGACAUUGGGUAGAAUGGAAGUAUGUUUAGCAUUGACCAAUAAAUUUGAAGUAGCAGAAGCACCAGAAGAGAAGGAAACCAAAGAUUCUAAUAAGAUGUUUAAUAGGACAAAACAGUUGUUAGUGGAUGUGAUGCAGUGUGUUGAUGGCUGUACUGUUGGAGAGUUAGCCAAACUGGGCUACACUAUCUCACCAUGAAGAGAAGUACCGGACUAUUAUACAAAAGCGCAAAGAGCAGGAACACAGAGCCAAGCAGAAUCAAACUUCCUUGAACAGAUCAAAUUCAUUCCUCUCAGAGACCAGACAUAGCCUGCAUGAAGUAAAAACCCGUCUCAGUCACAAUCUUCGCCGUCUGGAAAAUCAAGCAUUGGUCUCAAGGGCUGACAACUACCAGGCACUGCUUACUGCCAUUGCAGGAGAUAUUGUUAACCAGAGACAGC